AUGUGUAUGCCCGCACAUUAUGCCACCUGCGCCUCGGUCCUGCGCCUCGGUCCUGCGCCUUAUCAAUCACCUGUCAUGUCAAGUUUCGUUCCUCCGGAAUUUGAGAUUCAAAGGAAUUUACUCUCAUGCAUUUGGCUAGCCUCAAUGAAGUUAGCCAAUUGCACCUUAACCGGAAUCGAAUGGGAGGACUUUUAUGACCGCAUUGAGAUCAGACGCAGCCCCGCAUCCCCGAGGAUGUACCUCUUCCAAUUUACUGCGGGGAAUUUCUUGCCCGAAAAUCUAAUUAUUUUGUGGCACAACCUGGACUUUGAUCCAAAAACC